AACUUCAACUUUGACUCUUUACAUUCUUUAAAAAAUCUUCCAAGAUUACAAAAUGUCACACCCAGGACUCUUGUUAAUUUCAACUGUAAUCUCAAUUCCUGAACAUAUUGAAGUUGGAAAGUUAAUUGGUCGUGAAGGGCGUAACCUAAAACCUAUUAGUGCUAAGACCGGUACAUUUGUUAGUGUUAAUACAAAUACAAAUCCAGCACAGAUUGAAAUUAAGUAUAAUCCACAUUAUUCACCAUCUAACAAUCAAAUCAAUGAAGCAAAAGAUUUGUUAAAUAAUUUAAUCAAGAAUAUUGAAAAGGAAGAGAAAAGGAAUAUACGUCUUUUGGAAAAGAAGAAGGAAAAAAACGUUGGAUUUCUAGAUGAUUUUGAUAGUGGUACUGUUAGCAACAAUCGUGUGGUAUCAAGAUAUCAAAAAGAAAUUACUGUGAAGAAAGAGAAACAAAGAUCUAAGAAAAAAAUUUCGACUACUAUUAAAUCUUAUAUGGAAGGAGGACUGAAGGAAGGAUGGGAGAUGGAAAUGGAAAAUUGUUAAGACUAUUGACUUAUCUUAUAUAUUAGAGUAUAAGUACAGAAAUAAAUAUAUUUUAGAAGUUUUCACCUUUUUUUUUCAUUUGGAAUAUUAUUUAAGAGAAUUUGUAUUUACGCAUCCUGCACAAAAUGAACAAACGUAUCCCUCUAUGUUUGGCAAUUUGAGAUUAGGAUAUUAAUUGUACAAUGUGAUAAGCCCUUCUAUGUAUUUAUUUUGGAAUUUCUUUUUUUUUGUAAUUAUAUAAUACUGCAUUUGUGCAGGUGUGUAAAAAAAAUAAAACUCCAUUAUUUGAAUAUUA